GCGCACACUUCCGCGGCGCUCGCUCCCCGGGCUCCGGCUCGGGCCCCGAUCCGCAGCUCCCCGCCGCCGCCGCCGCCCCGGAUGCCAGCAGCUGCUCCCAUCUGCAGUGCAGCAGCCCCGGCCGCCGGCCGGCCCACCCCGGGCUCCCGCUGGAGGAAUCGUGCCAGGACGCUGGCCCUACUCGCGGCUAGCCUGCUCGCCAGGGCGCAGCGAGGAUGGGAGGGUCGCAGUCUCUGCAGCCAGUCCCAGCCAGCGACCUGAACCUGGAGGCUUCCGAGGCUAUGAGUUCUGACUCUGAAGAAGCAUUUGAGACCCCGGAGUCAACGACCCCCGUCAAAGCUCCACCGGCCCCACCUCCGCCACCCUCUGAAGUCGUUCCAGAACCCGAGGUCAGCGCUCCGCCUCCCCCAGAAGAACCAGGAUGUGGCUCUGAGCCGGUCUGUGUCCCCGAUGGCCCCCACAGCAGCUCGGUAGAAGGAAGUCCUUUCCGUCCUCCGACACAGUCCUUCUCCUCCGUCUUCGAUGAAGACAAGCCGAUAGCCAGCAGCGGGACUUACAACUUGGACUUUGACAACAUCGAGCUGGUGGAUAAUUUUCAGACCUUGGAGCCUCGCUCCUCAGACUCUAAGAAUCAGGAUUGCAAGGUGAGCUCGCGGAGGAAGUCCACGGACUCUGUCCCCAUCUCUAAGUCGACGUUAUCCCGCUCGCUCAGCCUGCAAGCCGGUGACUUUGAUGGUGCUUCUUGCUCAGGCAACCCCGAGGCCGCGGCCCCGGCCCCGGAUGCACAUAGCACGGGUUCGAGCAGUGCUUCCAGUACCCUUAAGCGAACUAAGAAACCGAGGCCACCUUCCUUAAAAAAGAAACAGACCACUAAGAAACCCCCUGAAACCCCCCCAGUGAAAGAGACACAGCAAGAGCCAGCCGAAGAGAGUCCCGACCCCAGCGAGGAGAAUCGAAUCGCCGAGACGAAAACGGAAUCGGCCAAGACGGAAGGUUCUGGACCAGCCUUAUCGGAGGAGGCACCCGUAGAACCUGCUGCUGUGCCCAAGGCUGCCUGCCCUCUGGACUCCGAGGGUGCAGAAGGGGCCAUCCCCCCAGCUUCUGGGGGUGGCAGAGUGCAGAACUCACCCCUCGCUGGAAGGAAAGCAUUGUCUCCUGCCACGGCCCCAGAGGUGGUGGAGGUGUCCCCAUUGGAUACUGGGGGGCAAGAGGACUCCCCAGCCAAAGGCCUCUCAGUGAGGCUGGAGUUUGACUAUUCUGAGGAUAAGGGUAGUUGGGACACCCAGCAGGAAAACCCCCCUCCCACCAAAAAGAUAGGCAAAAAGCCGGUUGCCAAAAUGCCCCUAAGGAGGCCAAAGAUGAAAAAAACACCCGAAAAACUCGACAACACUCCUGCCUCGCCUACCAGAUCCCCUGCUGAACCCAAUGACAUCCCUAUCGCUAAAGGUACCUACACCUUUGAUAUUGACAAGUGGGAUGACCCCAAUUUUAACCCUUUUUCUUCCACCUCAAAAAUGCAGGAGUCUCCCAAACUGCCCCAACAGUCAUACAGCUUUGACCCGGACGCCUGUGACGAGUCCACUGAGCCCUUUAAGACAUGCUCUAAGACCCCCAGCUCACCUUCUAAAUCCCCAGCCUCCUUUGAGAUCCCAGCCAGUACCGUCGAAGCCAAUGGAGUGGACGGGGAUGGGCUGAACAAGCCCGCCAAGAAGAAGAAGACGCCCCUCAAGACUGACACAUUUAGGGUGAAAAAGUCGCCAAAACGGUCUCCUCUCUCUGAUCCACCUUCUCAGGACCCCACCCCCGUGACCACGCCGGAAACGCCGCCCGUCAUCUCCGCGGUGGUCCACGCAACCGACGAGGAGAAGCUGGCGGUCACCAACCAGAAGUGGACGUGCAUGACGGUGGACCUGGAGGCCGACAAGCAGGACUACCCGCAGCCCUCGGACCUGUCCACCUUCGUCAACGAGACCAAGUUCAAUUCGCCCACGGAGGAGUUGGAUUACAGAAACUCCUAUGAAAUCGAAUAUAUGGAGAAAAUUGGUUCCUCCUUACCUCAGGACGACGACGCCCCGAAGAAGCAGGCCUUGUACCUUAUGUUUGACACUUCUCAGGAGAGCCCGGUCAAGUCUCCCCCCGUCCGGAUGUCGGAGUCCCCGACGCCGUGUUCAGGCUCCAGUUUUGAGGAGACUGAAGCCCUUGUGAACGCCGGGGCAAAGAUCCAGCAUCCCGUUGCACGAGGGCUGGCCCCCAGCCAGGAGCCACACUUGCAGGUGCCAGAGAAAUCCUCCCAGAAAGAGCUGGAGGCCAUGGCCUUGGGCACCGCCUCAGAAGUGAUCGAAAUUACAGCUCCUGAGGGCUCCUUUGCCUCUGCUGAUGCCCUCCUCAGCAGGCUAGCUCAUCCAGCCUCUCUCUGUGGUGCGCUUGACUAUCUGGAACCCGACUUAGCAGAAAAGAACCCCCCAGUAUUUGCUCAGAAACUUCAGGAGGAGUUAGAGUUUGCCAUCAUGCGGAUAGAAGCCCUGAAGCUGGCCAGGCAGAUCACCCUGGCUUCCCGUAGCCGCCAGGACACCAAGAGAGAAGCUGCUCACCCAACAGACGUCACCAUCUCCAAAACAGCCUUGUAUUCCCGCAUCGGGACGGCCGAGGUAGAGAAACCCACAGGCCUUCUGUUCCAGCAGCCUGACCUGGACUCCGCCCUCCAGAUCGCCAGGGCAGAGAUCAUAACCAAGGAGAGAGAGGUCUCGGACUGGAAAGAUAAAUAUGAAGAAAGCAGGCGGGAAGUGAUGGAAAUGAGGAAAAUAGUGGCCGAGUAUGAGAAGACCAUCGCCCAGAUGAUAGAGGAUGAACAGAGGGAGAAGUCAGUUUCCCACCAGACGGUCCAGCAGCUGGUCCUGGAGAAGGAGCAGGCCCUGGCCGACCUGAACUCGGUGGAGAAAUCUCUGGCCGAUCUCUUCAGGAGAUACGAGAAGAUGAAGGAGGUCCUGGAGGGCUUCCGCAAGAAUGAAGAGGUGCUGAAGAAGUGUGCGCAGGAGUACCUGUCCCGAGUAAAGAAGGAAGAGCAGAGGUACCAGGCGCUGAAGGUCCACGCGGAGGAGAAGCUGGACAGGGCCAACGCUGAGAUCGCCCAGGUCCGGGGCAAGGCCCAGCAGGAACAGGCUGCGUACCAGGCAAGCCUGCGGAAGGAGCAGCUUCGAGUGGACGCUCUGGAAAGAACGCUGGAGCAGAAGAAUAAAGAGAUAGAAGAACUCACCAAGAUUUGUGAUGAACUGAUUGCCAAAAUGGGGAAAAGCUAACUUUGAACCAAAUGUUUGGACUUUGACCACUGCGUGCAAUAUGGCCGUCGGCACACUGCUGUCCCUCUGGUUAUGUGGACAGGUUCUGUUUUCACUUUUUCGUAUGCACUACUGUAUUUUCUUUCUAAAUAAAGUUGAUUUGAUUAUAUGCAGUACUAAGGACACUAUCAGAAUUUCUUGCUAUUGGUUUGCAUUUUCCUAGUAUAAUUCAUAGCAAGUUGACCUCAGAGUUCCUGUAUCAGGGAGAUUGUCUGAUUCUCUAAUAAAAGACAAAUCGCUGACCUUGGCCUUGCCCUUUGUACAUGAGUUUCCAGGGUGAGCGGCUUUUGGAUUUAAUAUGAUCAUGUACAGCUUGCAAAGGGACUCUUGCCUUAAGGAGUGUAAACUUGAUCUGCAUUUGCUGAUUUGUUUAAAAAAAAAAAGAAAAUGCAUGUUUCAAAUAAAAUUCUCUAUUGUAAAUAAAUUUUUUUCUUUGGAUCUUGG